CCCCCCCCUUCCCCGCCCGCCCCGCGCUCCCCGGGCGCCCUCGCUCGCGCGCUCUCCGAGGCGAGCGCGCUCCCGGCCGGCGCGCUCCGGGCUCCGGCUUCUCCCGGCUCCUGUCAGUGCGGUGACUGCGCUGGGAAACAUGGCGACCGAGGGGAUGAUCCUCACCAACCACGACCAUCAAAUCCGCGUCGGAGUCCUCACAGUGAGUGAUAGCUGCUUCAGGAAUCUUGCAGAAGAUCGCAGUGGGAUAAAUCUAAAAGAUCUUGUCCAAGAUCCUUCUUUGUUGGGUGGGACUAUAUCAGCAUACAAGAUAGUACCAGAUGAAAUAGAAGAAAUCAAGGAAACGCUCAUAGACUGGUGUGAUGACAAGGAACUUAAUUUGAUAUUAACAACUGGAGGAACAGGGUUUGCACCACGAGAUGUCACUCCAGAGGCCACAAAAGAAGUAAUAGAACGGGAAGCACCAGGGAUGGCCCUGGCAAUGCUGAUGGGAUCACUUAAUGUUACACCUCUGGGCAUGCUCUCUAGACCAGUGUGUGGAAUAAGGGGGAAAACUCUGAUAAUUAACCUACCUGGUAGCAAGAAAGGAUCUCAGGAAUGCUUUCAGUUCAUACUGCCAGCUCUACCUCAUGCCAUUGACCUUUUACGUGAUGCCAUUGUAAAAGUAAAGGAGGUGCAUGAUGAACUUGAAGAUUUACCUUCCCCACCACCUCCUCUUUCUCCACCUCCUACAACUAGCCCCCAUAAACAGACAGAAGACAAAGGGGUUCAGUGUGAAGAAGAGGAAGAAGAAAAAAAAGACAGUGGUGUAGCUUCAACAGAAGAUAGUUCCUCAUCACAUAUAACUGCAGCAGCUAUUGCUGCAAAGAAGCAUCCAUUCUACACCAGUCCUGCUGUUUUCAUGGCACAUCAUGGGCAGCCUAUCCCUGGUCUCAUCAGUUAUUCCCAUCAUCCAACAGGCAGUGCAGAUGAACGGAUUCCAGACUCCAUCAUUUCUCGUGGUGUUCAGGUGCUCCCACGAGACACAGCCUCCCUUAGCACUACUCCUUCAGAAUCACCCCGUGCUCAGGCUACAUCUCGCCUCUCUACAGCUUCUUGUCCAACACCAAAACAAAUUAGACGGCCGGAUGAAAGCAAAGGAGUUGCUAGUAGAGUUGGAUCCCUCAAAGCUCGGCUUCCGUCGUGCUCAUCUACCUAUAGUGUAUCUGAGGUCCAGUCCAGGUGCAGCAGCAAGGAGAACAUUCUAAGAGCCAGUCACAGUGCUGUAGAUAUCACCAAGGUGGCUAGAAGACAUCGCAUGUCUCCUUUCCCUCUGACGUCUAUGGACAAAGCCUUCAUUACAGUCCUGGAGAUGACUCCGGUGCUUGGUACAGAAAUCAUCAAUUACCGAGAUGGAAUGGGGCGAGUCCUUGCUCAAGAUGUAUAUGCAAAAGACAACCUACCCCCAUUCCCAGCAUCAGUAAAAGAUGGCUAUGCUGUUCGAGCUGCUGAUGGUCCAGGAGAUCGUUUCAUCAUUGGGGAAUCCCAAGCUGGUGAACAGCCAACUCAAACAGUAAUGCCAGGACAAGUGAUGCGGGUUACAACAGGUGCUCCAAUCCCCUGCGGUGCUGAUGCAGUAGUACAAGUUGAAGAUACUGAACUCAUCAGGGAAUCAGAUGAUGGUACUGAAGAACUUGAAGUGCGAAUUCUGGUGCAAGCUCGGCCAGGCCAAGAUAUCCGACCCAUUGGCCAUGACAUUAAAAGAGGAGAGUGCGUUUUGGCCAAAGGAACCCAUAUGGGCCCUUCAGAGAUUGGUCUUCUUGCAACUGUAGGUGUCACAGAAGUUGAAGUUAAUAAGUUUCCAGUGGUUGCCGUCAUGUCAACAGGAAAUGAGCUGCUAAAUCCUGAAGAUGACCUCUUACCAGGAAAGAUUCGAGACAGCAAUCGGUCAACACUUCUAGCAACAAUUCAGGAACAUGGUUACCCUACAAUCAACCUGGGUAUUGUGGGAGACAACCCAGAUGACUUACUCAAUGCCUUGAACGAGGGUAUCAGCCGCGCUGAUGUCAUCAUCACGUCAGGAGGUGUAUCCAUGGGGGAAAAGGACUAUCUCAAGCAGGUGCUGGACAUUGAUCUUCAUGCUCAGAUCCAUUUUGGCAGGGUUUUUAUGAAGCCAGGCUUGCCAACAACAUUUGCAACUUUGGAUAUUGAUGGUGUAAGAAAAAUUAUUUUUGCACUACCAGGGAAUCCUGUAUCAGCUGUGGUCACCUGCAACCUCUUUGUUGUACCUGCACUAAGAAAGAUGCAGGGUAUCUUGGAUCCUCGGCCAACCAUCAUCAAAGCCAGGUUAUCAUGUGAUGUGAAACUGGACCCUCGCCCAGAAUACCACCGGUGUAUACUGACUUGGCAUCACCAAGAACCACUGCCCUGGGCCCAGAGUACAGGUAAUCAGAUGAGCAGCCGUUUGAUGAGCAUGCGCAGUGCCAAUGGAUUAUUGAUGCUACCUCCAAAGACAGAGCAGUAUGUGGAACUCCACAAGGGCGAGGUGGUGGAUGUCAUGGUCAUUGGACGGCUAUGAUGGUGACCAACAGGAGAAAGCUUUGAUGCAUGUCCACAUAUCAUUGACUGUAUCCUGUAAUAUGCAACGGCACAGCUAGUUUUUCUGAUUUGGAUAAAAGUUGAUCUGUAUAGUCAACAUCUUGAAUUAUAUUUCAAAUGAAUUUAAAUACCUUUUAAAGAAAAAAAAAACCUAAGAAUAAAUCCUAACAGACAACUCUAUUCCGAUUAUAUCAAAGCAAAAUUUUCCUUUCUUGCAAAUUGCUUUGUGUGUUCAAUGCUAGAUCUGAUAGCUUUUAGUAGACAGCGGUAGGUGCCUGCAGAACUUGUGUUUUUCUCAUCUUUAAAUACAACUACUUAUGCUCUUAAUCAAGGCUGUCUGCUUAUUUAUACUAGUGUAGGCAACACUUGGAUUUCCCUUCUUAGUAUGCUUCAUAACUGCUUUACAGAGAGCUUUUGCUUGUUCUUUAUCAUGUAUCUCGUGUUUAUGUGCACCGUGCCAAAAGAGGAGUGACUGCGUGGAGGCCCUGCCUGCCGCAAGAACAUCCCUGCCGAGCACCCAGGGAAGUUCUCACCCUAGCAGCCUCAUGGCACAGUACUCGCAGGCAGUAACUGGAUACCUUUUAUUUGAACAAACAAACUGGGGGAAAAUGCUUCCUUAAGUGCUGACAGCCUUUUUAACCAACACAUUUAAAAUUGUACAGAACAAAAACAAAAUCAAAGACUGAUCUUGUACAGAUAUUAGUGUUACCAGCAUUCAUGUGGAAAUCAAGAGCAAAAACAAAAUAAUGUUAAACAACUCUGUACCAUAACAUUUUCUGUAAUGAUACUGAAACUUAAUGAAUAAAAAAAAAAAUCCUUGAUCAUUA